AUGGGUUUCUUGGACGGGUUGGUGCUGCGAGCAAGCAAGUUCGGCAAGAGCCACGGGCUGCGUCCGUUGACGUCGAAGCGCGCAAACAAGCGAUUCUACAAAGGGAAGGGAUGCCGCAACGAAGGUGUCCAUGCAAAGUUGGGCGGGUACACGCUCGACGUGGACAAGCUCCUCGACCUCCAAGUGCCCGACUUGACAGGAUUCAAGCUCAAGCCGUACGUGUCGCCGUUGGUAACCCGCGUUCCCCCGAGCUAA